AUCUUUACAAUUUCAGAAAAAUCGCACUACGACCAUUUUACUCGCCCUAGCAGAGCUAGUUAGAGUGUUUUCAUGUUAUCCAGAGCAUUGGUGGCUGUAACCAUGCUGUUGGCAACAAUUUAAUUACCCCUUUUGCCGACGUUUACUGAAACCGGCCGUAUUCAACGGGUGUUGAGCGUUCGUAAAUUCAUCAGUUAUUAUAUUCUGCGCUCUCGCACACUCAGACGAGAGCGCUCAGAAAUCGGAGCAGAUUGUCAGAGGGAAUUUACUAACGCAAUCCGUAUUCAGUAGCCUAUCCACGUACGUCUUCAUCCAGCUGUUUGUAAUACGUUUCCUGAUUUGUUGAAGCGAAUUUAUUACUAUAUUUUGAAAAUCUUUGCUUGUUUUUAUGAGCAAAGAUUGUACACAUAUAUUUUGUAUUCUCUAGUUUGAAUACGGUUUUAUGGCUGGAUCAAUGGACUUGGAAAUUGUGACCCAAUCACCCAAACCAGUCCAGCGCAACUAGAAGACCCCCCUGUAAAGAAUGUGAAGAAAUGGGUUCCUUUACUGGGUGUCAGAAUGCUGCUGCUGGCAUUUGGCAGGAUAUUCCAAAUCUGGAGGAACAACCUGAGCCAGUCAUUUGCUGGAUUUUGGAAAACAAAUAUUCUGGUGGGGGUAUGCCAAACAAAUAGAGACCCUCCAGAAUCAAAUGGCUGAGAUGCAGAGGGAGAUGGGUGCCUUGCAUUCUGCUCUUCAGGCUGUGGCUCCAGUGUGGACCCUCUCCCUGCUCUCACACCACCACCACCACCUCUUCCUCCUACAUCCAACACUUUCCUGCAACCCUACAUCCCUAAAAAAAAGAGUGGCUUCCAAUACUCAACAGGAGAAGCAGGACAUACUGGUGGCCGUGACCCUCAGGGAUUUACAGGCUGUUAAACUGAGAAAGGUUAUUGUCAGCAGUGUGAAAUCAAAGAGAACUCUAGAGAAGAUGCAUGCCCCUCUGGUCACUGUGGCAGAUCUGCAGAAUGUCCGUCUGAAACAAUCCCACUGCCAACUGCCCCCUAAACUUCUCAAACGCCUUAGCUUUGGCAGAACACCUACCAAAAGCCCUAUGAAUCUGCGUACACAGCUGAAAAGGAUUCAAAUCAAUAGGUUAUGCAUUUCAACACUUAAGUGCUUUAUUCUGGGAUUCUUGUGUUACCUGAACAGGAAGUCAAAGGACUGUCAUCAAGUGAGAGCUGAGUCUGACUAUAAGUGUUUCUCUCUACUCUUUAGGAGUCCUGGUGGCACUCCUCUGUUUGAUAAGGAGAAUAUGGAGACGGGCACUGGCCUCGCCCCCAUCAUGACUCAGGCCCUGCGACGCAAGUUCCAGAGUGCCUUACCACGAGGACUGUCUCCAAAGGCAAAGAAUCUCAACGAAAGCUCUGAUCAAAACUGAGACAUUUGUUGAUGUAUACACAGAUGUCGACCGAGACUAGUUCAAAUGUAACGGAAAGGCAGUUGCCACGAUGAAAAGUUCCAGUGUUGUAAUGAGGACGGAACGCAAGCUAUAGAUGUAACUAUUGGCACAAUGCACAUUCUCUAGCACUUUCUGGUUUCCACUGCUGAAUGGGUUAUUUCAUACUUUUUCCAUUGCUGAAUGAGUUACUAAGUGCUAGGUAGAUUGAGGAUGAAAAGAGGAAACACUUGUCUUGGACCACAAUUUUAAAAAGGACAUAAAAGUUCUAAAGGCAAGCAGUUUCUGUAAAAGCCUUGACCACCCCACUGUAUCAAACAGGUUUCUGUAAAAGCCUUGACCAUCCCACUGUAUCAAACAGGUUUCUGUAAAAGCCUUGACCAUCCCACUGUAUCAAACAUGUUUCUGUAAAAGCCUUGACCAUCCCACUGUAUCAAACAGGUUUCUGUAAAAGCCUUGACCACCCCACUGUAUCAGACAGGUUUCUGUAAAAGCCUUGACCACCCCACUGUAUCAAACAGGUUUGGUCAAUCCCAACACGGCCUGCAUGCUUCUUGGAACAGUGAAACCAAGGAGGGUGUUAAGUGAGCGAUACUGAGAUUUAAAAGGCAGUAGUUGAGAUAAUCUGAACACGUAGUUGAAACAAUCUGUUACUUGGAAUGAGUGAGAAGCAUCACUUGGUUUGAAUGUGGUUUCAGUUUAAUAUUUUCUAUGAGGAAGUCGAUUUUAACCGUUGUAAAUGUAUCUGUGGGUCUAUGUUUGGAAAUUGCACAUUGACUGGGGACCCUAUGUUUGAGCUAUUUCACGUUAUUUGUUACUUUUUCCAAAAAGCUUCUUGCAUUAUCUUUUGAUUUAUUUAUUUUUCACAUUGAGCACAUUGUUUUUUAAAGUAUUUGAACCAAUAUUGUGUUUAUAAGAAUAUAAUUUCAUUUGUGAUUUCCUAGACAUGUUUAGGAAACACCAAAUAAAUUAACAACA